UUUUUUUUUGAAAAACUGAUCAUCAAACUGUUUUUAUUAUUUGCUGAUGUUGGAAUUUACAUGUACAUAAUAGGAAACCAACAACACUUUGAAAACUUGUCUAGUAGCCGAACAUUUUGAUCAAAGCAAGUCUUCUGGUGUGGAGCACAAAGGCACUUCCUUAUUAAUACAUCUUUAUCAGUGGUGGAGAUCAAACUGUUCAGAUGCAUCAUGGAUAAAACACAAACAUCUGGAGAAGUUUUUUUUCCAGGAUGCAGUCCAGUUCAUCAGAAGAGAUCAGAAGCAGAGCCCAGCUGUGUGUCUAUGAAGAGUGACAGGUCUAUGAAACACCCAACAAUGUUUAACAGUGGAGAUUCAGAGUCUGGUUUCAGUUCAGUUCAUCAUAAGAGAUCAGAAGCAGAGCCCAGCUGUGUGUCUAUGAAGAGUGACUGGUCUAUGAACCCUCCAGAAAUGUUUAACAGUGGAGAUUCACAGUCUGGUCUCAGUCCAGUUCAUCGUAAGGGAUCAGAAGCAGAACCUAGCUGUGUGUCUAUAAAGAGUGAUGGGUCUGUAGCUCAGCCGGUAAAGUUUAAUAGUGGAAAUGCACAGCCUGGUCUCAGCCAUGAAGUCCUCAACACAUUUAGAUCAAAUCUGAUGAAGAAAUUUGAGUGUCUGUAUGAAGGAACAGCAAUGCAGGGAAACCCAACACUGCUGAAUGAGAUCUACACAGAGCUCUACAUCACAGAGAGUGAGAGUGGAGAGGUCAUUAAUGAGCAUGAGGUGAGACAGAUUGAGACACAAUCUAGGAGAGCAGCAACAGAGGACACACCGAUCAAAUGCAGUGACAUCUUUAGACCUUUACCCGGACAAGACAAACCCAUCAGAACUGUGCUGACAAAGGGAGUUGCUGGCAUUGGAAAAACAGUCUCUGUGCAGAAGUUCAUCCUGGACUGGACUGAAGGGAAAGAGAAUCAGGACAUCCAGCUCAUAUUUCCACUUCCUUUCAGAGAAAUUAAUUUGAUGAAGGGCAAAAAACUCAGUCUUUCAGAUCUUCUUAAUAUUUUUUUCCUGGAAACACAAGAAAUGAAAAUACCCUGUGAUGAAUAUAAACUAUUGUUUAUCUUUGAUGGUCUGGAUGAGUGUCGUCUGUGCCUGGACUUUAAGAGCAAAGUAAAACUGUGCAAUAUAUUUCAAUCAGCCUCAGUGGACGUGCUACUGAUGAACCUCAUUGUGGGGAAUCUGCUUCCCUCUGCUCUCAUCUGGAUCACCUCCAGACCAGCAGCAGCUGAUCUCAUUCCCUCUGAGUGUGUCCAUCGAGUGACAGAGGUACGAGGCUUCAAUGAUCCACAGAAGGAGGAAUACUUCAGGAAGAGAAUCAGUGAAAAGAGACUGGCUAAAAAAAUCAUCUCACACCUGAAGUCAUCAAGGAGCCUCUACAUCAUGUGUCACAUGCCAGUGUUCUGCUGGAUCUCAGCCACUGUUUUAGAGAAGAUGUUAAGUCAAGCAGAGAGUGGAGAGAUUCCCAAGACUCUCACUCAAAUGUACACACACUUCCUGAUCCUUCAGACCAACAUCAAAAAUGAGAAGGACUAUGAGAAGAAUGUGAAGGAUAAAGACAUGAUCCUCAAACUGGGGAAACUGUCUUUUCAGCAGCUUGUGAAAGGCAACCUGAUCUUCUAUGAUGAAGACUUGAAAGAGUGUGGCAUUGAUGUGAGAGAAGCAUCAGUGUACUCAGGAUUAUGCACUCAGAUCUUCAGAGAGGAGUUGGGCUUGUAUCAGGGUAAAGUCUUCUGCUUUGUUCAUCUGAGCCUUCAAGAACAUCUAGCAGCACUAUAUGUGCACCUCUCCUGUACAAACAAGAAAACAAAUGUAUUUGACCAAAACAAACAAAGUCUGUUGUCUUGGAUUUUUAACCAGAAGAAAUAUAAUUCAUUAUCUGAGGUGCAUCAGAGAGCUGUGAAUGAGGCUUUACAGAGCAAGAAUGGACAUCUGGAUCUUUUCCUGCGUUUCUUUUUGGGUCUCUCAGUGAAGUCCAAUCAGACCCUCUUACAAAAACUACUGACACAGACAGGAAGCUGCUCCUAUAAAAAAGAGGAAACACUUCAAUACAUCACACAGAAGAUCAGAGAGAAUCACUCUUCAGAAAAAUCCAUCAAUCUGUUUCACUGUCUGAAUGAACUGGGUGAUGAUUCACUGAUGCAGGAGAUCCAAGAUUAUCUGAAAUCUGGAAAAAUAAGAGAAACCAAACUCUCCUCUUCACAGUGGUCAGCUCUGGUUUAUGUGUUGCUGACAUCAGAGCAGAAGAUGGAUGUUUUUGAUCUAAAACAGUUUAUUGGAAAACAGCAUACAACAAAUGAAGUUCUUCAGUAUUUGUUACCUGUGGUUAAAGAAUCCAGAUCAGUUUGGUUUUGUGGAUGUAAUCUCACUGCUCAGUCUUGUGGGAGUUUAUCAACAGUUUUACAAUCCUCAAACUCUGUCCUGAGAGACCUGGACAUGAGUAACAAUGACCUGCAGGAUUCUGGAGUGAAGCUUCUUUCUGAUGGACUACAGAGUCCAAACUGUCAGCUGGAGAUUCUGAGAUUGUCUGGCUGUAUGGUGACAGAGAAAGGCUGUCGUUAUGUGUUUUCAGCUCUGAGUUCAAACCCCUCACACCUGAGAGAGCUGGAUCUGAGCUACAAUCACCCAGGAGAUUCAGGAGUCAAACUACUCACUGAAAAACUGCUGGAUUCAUCCUGCUCACUGGACAAACUGAAUGUGGAUCAUGGAGGAAAAUCCAGGAUUACAGCAGGACUGAAGAAAUAUGCCUGUUUUCUCACACUGGAUCCAAACACAGCAAACACUGAACUCAUUCUGUCAGAAGAGAAAAGAAAGGUGACAUUUGGGUAUCAGUCGUAUCCUGAUCAUCCAGACAGAUUUGAUGUGUAUCCUCAGGUGUUGUGUAGAGAGAGUGUGUGUGGACGCUGUUACUGGGAGAUUGAGUGGAGUGGAGAUUAUUUUGUGUGUAUAUCAGUGUCAUAUAAGGUCAUCAGCAGAAAGGGACUGGGUGUUGAGUGUGUGUUUGGACAUAAUGAUCAGUCCUGGAGUUUGAUCUGCUAUCCUGACAGAUACUCAUUCAGACACAAUAACAUACAGACUGAUCUCCUUGUGAAGUCCAUCAGUCAUAGAAUAGGAGUGUAUGUGGAUGUGAGUGCAGGAACUCUGUCCUUCUACAGCGUCUCUGACACAAUGAGUCUCAUCCACACAGAACAGACCACAUUCACUCAGCCGCUCUAUCCUGGGUUUACUGUUUGGUCUGGAUCAUCAGUGAAACUGUGUUGAUGAAUGAGAAUAGACUGAUGAGAGAUUCUACCCAUAAUGCUUUGAGCUGAUGAUGAAUCAGUAAUAGGGAGAUGUUAUUGAGUCUCUUCAUGACAUUAAUACUGCAGAUCAACUUCUGUCACUCAAAUAACAAUAAAUGUGUCAGAAAUCCCCAUAUAGACAGAAACAUCAGUGUGUGAAUCUGUUUUUAUUAUCGUGUCUCAUCAGUCAUUUGUUUUAUUACUGUCAAAAUGUAAAAUUGUCACAAUCAUGAUUGAUGAAGAAGAUGUCAUUAAUUUCUCUCUAUUGUUUUUGUACAGAAAUAAUAAAACACAAUGACAAAUCAA